AUGAUGCAGUGCCCGAUGAUCUCCGUUGCUUUCGACAAGUACGACAAGGUGCUGAUUCUCACCGCGAAUGAUGACACGCUGAAGCCGCAGAAGGAGACGCUUUUGACCAGCUGUGGUUUCGACGUUGACGAUUCCCGCUUCAUGAUCAAGGGCUGCCAGGAUGUUCCUGGCUUCGACGCGGUUGCAAAAGGUGAGAAGGUCGACGUCGACUACGUGCAGCCGGGCAUUGUCUAUAUGGUCAAGCAGAUCCUCAAGAAGAACGCAUCGAUCCGUGCCAUUCUGCUCGAGUGCACAGAGCGCUUUGGCCGUGGUAGCCAGAGUUUGCCGACCUUUGAGGUGUUUUUUCAGUGUUAUGUUGUGUCUGAUUUCAAUUAA